CUCUUACCAACCCAUGUCCCCAUAGGCCAUAGUAAUAUCUACUAGUUAUUUUCCGACAACUCCUCGCCAUUCGGCGGAUUUUAAAAGUAGGCUAAUCAACGAUACGUUAAUUAAGUAAUAUAAAUUGAUAAAUUUCCAAACGUUAUUCUAAUUUCUACUAUUUGAGUAAGAAAUAAGUAACGAAAUACUGAUAAUUAACAGUUAACGAGAAAACGUUAGUGAUGGCAGACAGUGAUGAUGAAUAUGAUAGGAAGCGGAGAGAUAAAUUUCGUGGCGAACGUACAGAGUCAGUAAGGGGUAAUGAUAAUCGUAGAGAUGAACGUCGAGUACGGGAUGAUUGGAAUGACAGCCGCUUCAUGAAAGACUUCAGAGAAACUUGGGGAACUCGAAAUCGAGGUAGAGGUGACUUUAGAGGACCCAUGCGAGACCGUUAUAGUCCUGGUACCCAAAGAGACUUGUCGCCUCCAGUUAAGCGAAUGAGACCAGACUGGGAUGAUAGACGAAUUGGCUACGAUCCACCAGCGUAUGGCUAUGGAGGUCCAUGGGAUCAGCCAGCACAUCAUAUGCCUCCUGUUACGAGAACUAUACCGAUGAGAGAUCCAGGAGCACAUACCCUUAACCAUGCCCCACCGGCAGUAGAUCAAUCAUCGGGAGAUACUCAGCCACCCAUGAUGUCGUUAAAAGCCUUUUUGAUUACUCAAGAUGAUAACAUUACAGACGAAGAAGCUUUAGCCAAGUACAACGAGUAUAAAUUACAAUUUAAAAGAAACCAACUUAAUGAAUUUUUCGUUGCUCAUAAAGAUGAAGAAUGGUUUAAAAUAAAGUAUCACCCCGAUGAUAGUGUCAAGCGUAAGGAAGAGCAGACUAUUGCAAUUAAAAAGCGUUUAGAAGUUUUCAAAGAAUUUUUAGCAAAGAACAAGAUUGAUGGUAUCGUUGUGGAUGCAGAUAAUCCUGAUCCGCUUGUACUUCUUUUGGACUCUGUAGUAAUUAAACUUGAAGGAGGCACAGAUUUUGACUUGACAGUUUUAGAUCCUGUAGCACCACCUAAACCAAAACUCGAAUCUGACUCUUCAAAGAAAUCAGAAAAAAAGCCAGAUGAUGGCGGAACCUCAGAUGGUGAAGUUGACAGUGACAAAGAGGAUAAUGAUGAUAACGAUAAACAAACAAACCCUAAUGAAGAUCAAAAAGACAAAGAUGGAGAGAAAUCAGAAGAAGUAAUGGACAUAACAAAUGAUAAUGACCAAAAUGAUGACGUAGCUAAACCAAAAGCAUUACAUCGUACUACAUCAGUAUUUCUAAGGAAUUUAGCUCCUACCAUUACAAAAAAUGAAUUAGAAGCUAUUUGCAAACGUUAUCAAGGUUUCAUGAGAUUGUCUAUAGCUGAUCCAUUACCUGAACGCCGAUGGUUUAGACGCGGAUGGGUGACUUUCGAUAGAGAUGUUAAUAUUAAAGAAAUCUGUUGGAAUCUUAAUGCAGUUAGAUUACGUGACUGUGAGUUGGGUGCUAUUGUCAACAGAGAUUUGAGCAAACGAAUUCGAUCAGUAAAUGGAAUAACCAGUCAUCGACAAGUAGCUCGUAAUGAUAUGAAACUAUGUGCAAAUAUCAUUAACAACUUCGAUAAUCGUUCCGGCCUUUGGCAAAAGGAAGAUGAUAAACCGACUGAAAAUACUUAUGGUGUUGUUUCUCGUAAUCCUGUUUUACAAAACAUAACGGAUUUCUUAAUUGAAGAAGCGUCUGCAGAAGAAGAAGAACUAUUAGGAGAAAACGCUGCUUGUGAACCCGAAGAUAAUACUGAUAAAGAUAUGCAAUUGUUCAAGGCUUUAGAUAAAAUGUUACUCUACUUACGUAUUGUUCAUUCAGUGGAUUAUUAUAAUCACAGUGAGUAUAUAAAUGAAGACGAGAUGCCAAAUAGGUGUGGUAUAAUGCACGCUCGCUGUACACUUCCAAGUAAUCCUCCAACUCAACAAGAAAUUACUGAUUAUUGCCAAAAUUUUCAAUCUAAAGUAAGCUCUUUGACCAAUUUAACGCCUAUUGAAAUAAGCGAAAAAGAAUUAAUUCAACUUGGAGCUAAGCGCGAAGAAGAAGAGAUUGAAAAGUUUGUAACUGCUAAUACUCAAGAAAUAUCUAAAGAUAAGUGGUUAUGCCCCUUGUCAGGAAAAAAAUUCAAAGGCCCAGAUUUCGUGCGCAAACAUAUUUUUAACAAGCACAUAGACAAACUAGAUGAUGUUAAAAAAGAAGUCAAGUAUUUUAACAACUAUUUACGUGACACUAAAAGGCCUCAGUUGCCAGAACACCCUGGAAAUAAGCAACCUAAGAAAGACGUGAGUGAUGCUCCACAGCAAUACACUCCAGCCACCAAUCCAUACCAAUUACCUGGAUAUCCACCAUAUGGAGGUGCUGGAUUCGGUCGAGGCAUGUAUGGUUAUUCUAGACCUCCAGCACGAGGAGGUUUUAGAGGUGGCAGAGGAGGCUUUGAUUAUAGACCGAUAAUUCAUUAUCGUGAUUUAGAUGCACCUAAAGAACCAGAAGAGAACUUUAUAUAAUUCAUGUUUAUCUUAUUUCUAUUGUUUUGACUAGCAUAAUUUUAUGAUAUAUAUAUAUUUGUAUUUUCUAUGACAUUUAUUGAUAUUCCCAUUUAAUUUUAACAUAUUUGUAGUUUAUCUACAUAAUUCAAUUUUUUUUCUGACUAUUAAACAACAAUUUUUUUUACUGUAAUAAAUUUAAAUAUCGACAUUUUA